GCGGGCAGCACUGCCGGGCAGGCAGCUCGGCGAAGAGGCUGCGCGCGCCGGCCAGGCCGGGCCGACAGCCGGGCCCGAGGCUAGGCGAGGGUGCCGGGAGGUGCGAGGCUACAGCCCCAGGAGCCCCGGGAGCGCCGCGAGCCGUCCGGGGCUGCGGGUGCGGGAGAGACCGGCGUACCGCCUCUGCUGCAGCGCUCGAGCCCCACGCCGGGUGCACGGCUCUCCAUCCUCGAGUCUGCCCUGCGCCAGCUGGAUUUGCUGGUCCUCAGCGCCAAGGCCCGCGAGGCUGCAUCUCAGCCUCUGCCUCUCGCUGCGGCUGCCACUGCCGCUGUUCGCCGGCUUCCCCUCCCCCAACACCCGGGGCUCGAAGCGGGAGGAGGAGGGGCCGGUGCGUCCUCGGUGCUGCUCUCUGCAACCUGCGGGGGCCGGUGCACGCCGGGCGAGGAGCCGGAGCCGCUGCAGGUGCGUGCAAUCCUCCGAAGAGACGGACUCUUCACCCCCGGGCAAACCCGGGAACUGCAAAGCAAAGGGCGGGCGGGCAAGCGAGAGGAAGCAACAAAGACAGGCUGCAGCUGGAGCUGGCGAGAGGGGCCGCGGCUGCCGGCCUCCCAGCGCGGACGGAGAGGGCGCCCUGGGAGAGGCGCGGGCAGAGCUGCCGCGGUGAGCCGGGCCCCGGAGGGAGGCGCAGCGCCUCCCGCCGGACGUAUGGAGCACAGUCUCCGGCAAGGAUGCGCCGCCUGAGCGCGCGAGCGGCUAGGGUCCUGGGCGGACGCGACCGGUGCUGAGCAGAGAAACCCCUUUCCCCGACUUCGGAAGGCGCUUUCGGGCGUGGGGUUCGCCCUCACCGACAACUCCCCUUCCUACCCGAAGAAAAGCAUCGGCUUCCUCGGGCAAUCUUUAUCACUCCUGCAUGGCCGCAACCCGGAGAUUGGAGCGUCGUGGCCUCUGAGACUUGGUACCUUUCGCCUGCCUGGCUAACACACAGAACCCUGCUGCAGAACGUGCCCCACCUGGGGCUCCCAGCUCAGUCAUGCUGGCCUGCCUGCAGAGGACUCAGGACCCACCCAGCCAACACUUGGCCUGCCCCAGCAAGAGCCUUGAGCUUCGCAAGUGCGAGUCAGUGGCCAGCUCUAUGCAUUCCGCCCGCUACCCAAGCCCAGCCGAGCUGGAUGCCUAUGCCGAGAAGGUGGCCAACAGCCCCCUGUCCAUCAAGAUCUUCCCCACCAACAUCCGGGUGCCGCAGCACAAGCACCUGAGCCGCACGGUCAACGGCUAUGACACCAGCGGCCAGCGCUACAGUCCCUACCCUCAGCACAGCACCGGCUACCAGGGCCUGCUGGCCAUUGUCAAGGCUGCAGUCGUCUCCUCUAGUUCGGCUGUGCCCGCUGGGCACACCAAAAGUGUGCUUAAGAGCGUGGAGGGCAAGCGGACUAAACUGUCACCGGCCACUGUGCAAGUGGGCAUCGCACCCUACCCGGUGCCCAGCACUCUGGGGCCUUUGGCUUACCCGAAGCCACCCGAGGCACCUGCCCCACCGCCCAGCCUACCUGCAGCCGCUACUGCCACCUCUGUGAUCCCUCUGCCGGGCCGGGGCCUGCCCCUGCCACCUUCCAAUCUGCCCUCCAUCCAUAGCAUCCUCUACCAGCUCAACCAACAGUGCCAGGCCCCAGGCGCUGCCCCAGGCGCCUGUCAGGGUGUGGCUGUGCCCCACCCCAGUCCAGCUAAGCAUGGCCCGAUGCCCAGCUUUCCUAGCAUGGCUUACUCAGCCACAGCAGGUCUGCCAGACUGCCGGAAAGGCGCAGAACUGAGCCAGGGAGCCACACCAGCCCUGACACUGGCCGGGGCCACCAAACCUGCAGGGUAUGCAGAAGGUGGCCUGGAUUACCUGCUAUGGCCGCAGAAGCCACCCCCACCCCCACCCCAGCCACUCCGAGCCUACAGUAGCAGCACCGUAGCCAGCAAGUCUCCUGAGACUUGUGGCGGGCGGGCAUUCGAGAGGGCCAAUGGGUCGCCCCACAACUGCGGUGUGGGGCUGCCCACCGGCUUCACCGUGGGCCAGUACUUUGCUGCCCCUUGGAACAGUGUUCUGGUGACACCUACUAGCGACUGCUACAAUCCAGCAGCAGCUGCGGUAGCGACAGAGCUGGGGCCAGGAGCUGCCAGGGAGCUAACGGGGCCUCCUGCAGACGCACUCUCGGGCCUGGCCAGCAAGAGCGUGUGCAACACAGCGGUCCUGAGCAGCAGCCUGCAGUCGCUGGAGUAUCUCAUCAAUGACAUCCGGCCACCCUGCAUCAAGGAGCAGAUGCUCGGCAAGGGCUAUGAGACAGUGGCCGUGCCCCGGCUGCUGGACCACCAGCAUGCCCACAUCCGCUUACCCGUCUACAGAUAAAGUCUGCUCUGCGAGCACAUGGACCGAUGGACCGAUGGACAAGGUGCUGAGGGUUGGCAGGCCACAGCACAGGGCAGGAUGCUAGCAGGCCGUCCCGCCUGCCCUGUGGCCGUGUGUCCACAGGGAAGCCGGGCUGGUUCGCCCUGCACUGCGGUGGGCAGGCAGGUUGACCUCACUCACCAGGGCUUUCUACCCCCAACUUGCUGCCCUAGGGAGCAGGGAGGGUCCAGGGCUGCCUGCAAGGCCCAUCCUUCCUCCAUCGAAGCAGGGAAAGAGGACCUUCUGCAGACAGGAAGUUCCUUCUGGAGCUCCAGCAGAGGCACUCAGACCAGGGGUGCUCCAGUCAGCAUGAGCCACACACACUGGGUCUUUACCCAUAGUCCCCUAGUCUCUCAGAAAAGGAGCAGAAAGGAUUCUAGAAAGUCCCUGGGUCCAAAGUGCACCCCCCAACUACUCUAGGUGAAGACCACUCUGACUCCAGACUCCUAGAGGCCUCAGGACUACCAGCCCCCUGUUCCUCCUGACUCCCCUCCCCGUCCUUCCUAAUAGGAAUCACACCCUACCCUACUCCCUCCACCCUGGUCCAGCCUCUUCUCUGUUCCCUCCACUACACCGCAUAGGGCUGCCAGGAACAGCUGGUGCAUUGCACAAGGGCGCCGUGCCCAAAGGAGACUCCACUCACACCCUAGACGUGUGUAUCUGUUACAGUUGCCUGCAUUCUGAGGAAGGGACACCAUUUCCCUACCCGCACAGAGAUGUCACGGGCUAGCGAGGGGCCUGUAAAUUCAGACUCCAUUCACGUGGACCAUCUUGCCUUCAAGUGUGGGGUCUCCCAGGAGCUAGUGAGAGGGUGACCCUACUGGCUAUAACUGGAAUACCCCAUCCAGCUCCUCUGCACACCUCCCCCAGGCCUGACCUGCACUGCUGUGGGGAGGGGUGGCAUAGAUAAGCCCAAGAAGUCAAGGCCUGCAAUCCCUGGGUCCCAGCCCAGCCCCAGGCGCUCACUCCGGAAGCGGUACCGUAUCUCUCCAAGGCCUGUCCGAGCACUAAGUGCAUUUACAAAUCUCUGAGAAUGUUUUUUUUUAUACUAAAAUUGACCAUUAUAUUCUACUGUGAGAAGUGCAGGCUGCACUAUGUUGUUUUAAAAACGAAGAGAAAGAGAAAAAAACGAGAAAACAGA